AGCUGCUCUUGCAGAGGAGCCACCUGUAACUCCAGCUCCAAGGGAUCUGAUGCCCUCUUCUGGCCUCCACAGGCACUGCACUCACCUGCACAACCUCUUCUCCCCGUUGCUCACUGCCCUAUCCAACAUACAGAUCCAUAAUUAAAGGAAAAAGCCUGGAAAUUGGACACAGAUUUUGUUUAGAAGCAGAUAAAAGCUCACAGAACAGGCAGUGCUCAUAGGGUGAGGAAGGAGGACAGGUGAGCCAUUGAGCCUUCUUGUGUCUGUAUUUACCACAGAAAGAAGGAACAGCCAGGCAGACUGAAGACAAAAGACAGAGCAGGUACCUUUAAGGUUUCCUGGUAGAACAGACCGACCAGGUUGGUGUCUGUGAGGGGCUCAGGGCCUCCUUAGGAAAUGGAAACACUGGCGUUGGCCCUCGCUGUGUGCGGCUUCCAGGAUGGCUCAGCAGUACAGGUACUUACCGCCAAGACCAAAGACCCAAGUGUAAUCUCUGGCCCCAUGUGGUAGGAGAAAACUGACCUCCGAAUACGCUCUGUGGAGAGUAUGUCUCAGCUCCCUCCCCCAGGUAAAUGAAUAAAUGAAAAAAAAAAAAAAAAAAAAAGGAGCAUGUUAGGGGGUCCAAGAAAGAAAGAGCAUUACUAAAAGCUAAGACUAAGAGGUCUGGGAGAGGAACUGGAGAGAUGGCUCAGUGGCUACAAGCACUUACUGUUCUUCUAGAGGACUCUGGUUCAAUUCCCAGUCAGGCAGCUCACAGCUGACUGGAACUCGAACUCCAGGGGAUUGUAUUCUAGACUGCCCCCCAGGAACCUACAAUUGCGUACGUGUGUGCAGACAUACCAUCAGAAAGGAAAAUACAUUUUUCCAGUCAGGUGGUGGCGUCACACACCUUUAAUCUCAGUCAAGGCUAUACAAAGAAACCCUGGCUCAAAAAACAAAUAGAUCUUUGAAAAAGGUCAUAGGCCAUUCUGCUCUACAUACUGAGUUCAAGGCCAGAGCUACAAAGUAAAACCCUAUAUGUAUUUGGGUUUUUGUGGGGUGGGGAGGGAGCGGUUUUUAGACAGGGUUUCUCUGUGUAGCCUUGGCUGUCCUGGACCAGAUUGGCCUUCGAACUCACAGAGGUCCACCUGCCUCCGCCUCCCAAAGCGUUGGGAUUACAGGCGGGCACCACUGUGCCCAGCUGGUUGGUUGGUUAGUUGGAGUCAGGGUUCCUCUGUAGCCCUGGCUGUCCUGUAACUCAACUCUGUAGACCAGACUGGCCUAGAACUUAGAGACUUGCCUUCCUCUGCCCCUGAAAUUUACAGAAGUCACAGAGUGAAUUAUGAGAGCAAAGAUUAAAAAUCUGAAUUCCUGCCAGGUAUGGUAGUACAUGUCUGUGCUUGUCUUUAAUUCCAGCACCGGGGGGUGGGGGGAUGACUGAAAACAGAGGCCAGAGCACUGGGUCCAGUCAUAGAAAACCACAGACAAGCUGGGCAUAGUGGCACAUGCCUUAAUCCCAGUACUUGGGAGGCAGGGGUAGCCUGGUGUACAUAGUAAGUUCUAGGCCAGCCCAGGCUGAGUACCGAGACCCCAUCUUAAACAUAGAAACACAGGUGGGAAAUUCAUGAGACAAAGCCUACAAGGUUCAUCCAAGCCUGGAAGCACUGUGUCUAGAACACCCAGAUAGAAACCCAGUCUAGAAGUAAGGGACCACUGCCAUAGAGCAGUUGCCUGCACUUGCCUAGCACACAAGGCCCUGGAUUUGGAUUUAAUCCCAGAACGGGAUGGACGGACGGACGGACAGAUACCGGUAAAUAAAUAAAUCUGAAGACAUCUCUUGUAAGUUGGUUCCAGUAAAGAACUUUCCCGUUGAACAAGAGAUAUGGAUGAAUGAAGUCUUCAAAUAUGUGAGAGGCUUUUAAUACGGAAUGAGACGUUCUGAGACGUUCAGUGCAAGCUAAGACCUCCGAUGGCUAAGGCCCACUCAGCAUCAGGAGAAUGUGUGCAAAGAAGGGGUAAGUUCCCCAGGACUGGGGUGGGAAGAAGGCAAAGGUAAUCGCGUUUUAUUCCUGACAUUUGGAAAACGCCAGCUCUGUGCUUUCCGUUCCUCCUGGGGAGCAGUUAAUUUUAUUGUUCCUGAAUGUAACUGAGGAAGUCGGGCUGAGAGUGAGGACAGCUUGCUUUGCUCAUGGCUGGGGUAGGACCUUGAUGUGGUCCUUCAGGUUAGGCUGGAGACACGCGUGGCCCACUAGCACCUGCACUGCAGUGAUGGGAGGGACAGCUUUUUCCCUGACUUUGAGUGACGGUCUCCCCUAAAGCAGGACCCUCGCUGCCAGCUCCAGUAGCACCUUAGAACCAGAGCCAGGCAGACUGUGCUUGACCAGAGGGAACUGGAAUAGCGUGAUGCCCCACCGCCCCCAAAAGGACUCUGCCCUUAAGUCAAUCAGCCUAGGUGUGAGGCUGGAAAAGGCAAAUGGUUGGACCGGGCAGUGAAGAGCCUUGGCCACAAGGUGGCAGCAGAGUUUCCGCUGUGGAGGCCUGUUCCCCAGUUCAGGCAAAGGUGGGCCAGUCCACAACAUUUACAAAGUGAGGAAAGGAAUGGGCUGUGGUCCCAGGCAGGGGUGGGGACCAAGCUGGGUCACCCUAGCCCACUCUUAAUCCUAGUUCCUUCCCAUUGAGGACAUCAAGAGCCAGGGGUGAGCAACUGACACUCUCCAACCUGUUGAAGGAUUGGGGGUUCUUAGAAGCCUCCCCCGGGGCCUAGCUCUGACAAACUGUCUGCAAUUAAUGAUGCUUCCUGAGCUCUGGAGACAGGAUUUAUGCAUCUAAUAAAGUCUAUAACUCCAGGCUUAGGCUGGGGGUAGGAAGCUGAGAGCGGAAAGUCUCCGGGGGGCAUGGGAGCCCAGGUGGCUCUUAAUGGAGCCAUGCAUUUCCAUUGCCUGUCUAGAUUUCCCUCUAGGCUGCUGCUGAGAGGGUGCAGGGACAGCAAGUAUGAGGACGGUAAACUAGCGGAGAGCAGAAGGCAGCAUGGAUUCCAAGCGGGCUGCUGUGCUGCUGCUGCUGCUGCUGCUGCUGCUGCUGGACUGGGGCCACACUGAAGAGCUGGGGAGCCGGGGUGGAGCCCAGGCCAUUUCAGAAGACACUGCUGGUUUCCCUCCCCACCACCUCUCAUCACAGGAAGAAGAAAAGGGACCCCACCCACCACAAGAUGCCCAGACCCGCAGGUCCCUCUUGCGUUUUCUGCUCCAGGCCACGGGGAGACCUGGUAGGAGCCCAGUCUUCCUGUUUCAGCCCCAGAGGUUUGGCAGAAGUGCGUGGGGCCCCUGGAGUAAGGAGCAGCUAAAUCCUCAGGCUGCGGAGUUCUGGAGCCUGGCAGCCCCGCAGCGCUUUGGAAAGAAGUAACAUCAUCCCCUCUAAUAUGUCUGCAUGCAAAAUCGCCACCCUGUGUGCCUUGUACACCCCAAAUAAAAUAGCCUGGCUUCUGAG